UAUAUUUUUAUAUAUACUUUUGUAUACAGUAUGAAACCUUAAAAGUUAACUCCCUCAUCCAAUUUACAAGCUGUAUACCUAUUGGAAAUACUUCUUUACGCAAUUAACUUCAGUCUACGCAUUACUAUAGUAUCUAUUUUUCAUUCACAUUUUCAUUUUAUUUAUGCGAAUCUCUUGCAUAUGUAUUUUUCAAUUUUGUCUUAUUUAUUAGUAGAAUUAAAACUUUGCAUGUGUUUGGUAUUUUGAUUGGGUAUAUUUAAAUGGAAUGCAUUGAUGUUAUACUUGUAACUGGAGAAAAUGAAUAAUCUCAUCACAUAAUAUUAACCAUGGAACAUCGUUGUAUGGACAGUGAACACUUGAAUCUUUACACUAUUUUGGAACUUGUGGAAUGUUAUCAACGAAUGUAAAUUGACAAAAUAAAAUGGAUGAACCCUAGAACAUGUACAAGCGAAGCAUAUACCCCUACCACCAUAGAGCACAUAGCAAAUGUGGCUACUCAUGGAAUUUGGAUUGUUCCAUCUGUUAUAGGAUGUUUGAAACUUAUUCAUAGAUCAGUGACAUGGACUCAAUUAGUAUCGGCUUAUGUUUAUGGCACAUCUUUAAUACUUGUUUUUGCCAUAUCAACGUUUUUUCAUAGCGUGCAUUACUGCAAUUACAACAGGCAACUCAAAGAUGCGUUACAUCGUUGUGACCGUGCAAUGAUUUACAUUUUUAUCGCUGCCAGUUAUUUUCCUUGGUUGAAUGUGGAUCAUUUCCCGCAUGAUGAAUUACUGUUUACUAUGCGUUAUGCCAUUUGGGUUAUGGCAGUAAUAGGCAUAGCUUAUCAACAGAUCUUCCACGAACGAUACAAAAUGUUAGAAACAAUUUUUUACUUAAUUAUAGGAAUUGGCCCCAGCAUUGCAGUCAUUAAUGUUUACAAUUAUUAUAACAUCACUGAGCUGAAACUGGGAGGACUUAUGUACGUCCUUGGACUGAUAUUUUUUAAAUCUGAUGGUCGGAUACCAUGCGCUCAUGCUAUUUGGCAUGUUUUUGUUGCAAUAGCGGCAGGAUUUCAUUAUUACGCUAUACUGUGUCAUGUUUUCCCCGCAUCGGGUUCUCCGGACAUUUAUGUAGCGGCAGGUGUAUCAUCUUUGCCUGCAUUAUUAAAAUCUCAGAUUGAAGAUUUAUGAGAAUCCUUUCUUUGAUGUUGCAAUUUUUUAAAAUAAUUCUAAAAAUUAGGAUCUCCAAGGUAAAAACCUAAUUUAAAUGUUUCAAUCAAAAGAUUAUAUUUCAUUGCUGUGAUCAGAAGUUACCUUCGAUAGUUUGGUUUAAUCGACGAGUAUUCUUUCCAGAGAAAUACCAAUUUGUGUAUAUACUAAAAGAAAAAGACAUUAUAGAAAAUGUAAAUAUACUAGACAAGUAAUUAUGAUAAGUACCUGAAUUAGAAAAAUAAUUAGUCCUGUGAAUUGUGAAUGCUUAUGAAAUCAAAAAUAUUGCUGAAGGAGUUGGUAAACUCAAAUUGACAUAUGUUUAUAUUAAACUAGAAAAUUAACAGCAUGUACUAAAAUUAGUACAUCAAAGCAGUACUGUCUGGUAAUGCUUAACUAUUAUAAUAGAUAUUGUAUGUAUAUUAAUGUAUACCAAGACCAUGUAACAAUUAUUUUAAAGAAGAUUUCUAAUAAGUUUCCUUAUAAUCCAAUCUUUUGUAUGUAUCUAUGUAUCAAUGUAUACUAUGCAGAGUUCAAUUUGUACAACACAAUGAAAAACUAAGUAGCAUUUAAAUUGACUGAACACAUUAGACUUUUAACAUAGUUUAUAUUAUUCUUGUACUUGCAAAUUGUGCCAAAUUUUGUAUUUUAGAUGCCAGUUAUACAGUUUCUAUUCUAAGAAAGGUAAUAAAUGGUCUCGUAGUAAUACCAGUUUUUAAUUUCAUAAAAUGAUUAUAUCUCCAGCUACUUAUUUUUGACACUUAUACAUGUAUAUGUAAUAAUAUGUAUUAUGUAAUAUUGUAUGAUAAUCAUUACAAGCGAAUGUACAAAAUCUUAAUAUCUCCUGAUUUUCUGUAUAUCUUAUGACGUGCCUAUUAAAUAUCGUUUUUCGAGUAUGCGAUCAUUUUAUUAUUAAUGUUGUAAAUCAAUAAAACUUUUGCCAAGUGA